UAUAUUUUUGUUUUUCUGAAUUGGAUUCUCUAUUUGCCAAAUGAUGUUAACUUUUCUCUUGUUCCAUUCAUUGUAAAACCAUCAGGUGUGGAAUUGUUCAAAAAGCCAAAUAAGGAUUAAGGACUAUGUAUCAGAAUAUAUGGUUUUUCUAAUUUUUUCUUUUAGUAGUUCCAAAAUUGGAUUUACUCUGUAAAGUCAUCUGUAGCUUUAUUCUGGUUUAGCUUGGAGACCAAGUUUCUACUCAUAAAUCAUCCCUGAAAAUGAUGAAAUGAUGAAAGAACAGACACUACUCUAUAGGUGGAAGAAACUAGGUGAAAAACUUUUGAUUUUGUUUUCACACAGCCUUUAGAAUCCUGGAAAAUAUAUCAUCAUCCAAACUAUACAGGAAUUGAUCAGUAUUUCUGAAUAUCACGGGGAGUUAAUUACUUUCAUCUUACUUUGUUAUUGCAUGUGGUGCAAAUACAGAACUCUAUUAAAUAGAUAUUAUCUUAUGACUAGUUCAUAUCCCUGCAGAAGUUAAGGAAUUCUGGAGAUAUAGAAUUUGAUCUUAGCAAUUUUUUUUCCUUCACUACAAUCCUGUACUUCCAUUUUCAGUGUACCCUCUUGAUAUAAUAGUAUGAAUAUUAGCUCUUUAUUAUAUUUAUUAAAACUAUUUGCUAAUUGUUUGUAUUGUCCUUAGAAUAAAGUCUACACUCCAGAGUUUGCUAGAAGACUUGAUGAGCCAGCCUUACCUCUUCAGCCUGUCUCUUCCCAAAUCCCUGCCUUGCAUACUGCUCAGUCAAGCUGACAUGCCAUGCUCCCUUUAGAUCUUAGCAAUUUUUAAAUCAGUUUUUUUUAAUAUUCAGUGUUUUAUUUACAUGCAAAAUAUAUUGCCACAGAUAAUUAUUACCUAUUGGCAAUUUAUUUGUAAAAUAUCCCAUUUUUAUUGUCUAUCCUGACAAAGCCAUUACACAGGACUAUAAGUUCUCUAAGAUAAAUUACAUACCCAGAUGUCAAUCCUAGUUAUCUGCACUUUCAUUUCAUGUGUUCAUUUUUAAGAAAUGAAUUCUCAAGUGUUCAUUUUUAAGAAAUGCUUUGCAAGUACCUAUUGUACACCAGGCUCUCUGAUAGCUUAAGGGGUUCAGUGGGAUACAAGCCAGCGUCCUGCCUUCAAGGGGCUGUUUACAGUCAGGUCUAUAAAGUGCUGAGCUAGACAUUGAUCUCUAAGAAUAUGCAACCUCACUGGCACCUAUACAUAAACAAUUAACAAUAAAACACCAAGCAGUGAUGGACAAAAGGAGAUGGCAUGGACCCUAAGUGCUGAAGGAAUCUGGAGUAUCAAAGACUGUCUGUCAUAGAGAAAGUUUACAGAAGGAGGUAGGCUGAAAGGAAGAGGCAAGGUUUUCUGGGAAGGUAGAACAAUGUGAGCAAUAUUUAGUGUUUGCUUGAGACAAGAAGUGAUUUAAAUAGAGCAGUGGUUCCCAAAGUGUGGUCUGCAGACCAAUAUCAUCACCUGGGAACUUGUUAGAAAUGCAACUUCUCAGGCCCCACUUGAGACCUAUUGAAUUGGAAAUGCUGGCAGUGAGACCUAGCAAUCUGUUUAACAAGCCAUCCAGGUGGUUCUGAUGUAUGCUGACGUUUGAGAACCACUGGAGUAUAGUAGAGGGUUUUAUUUGGAAGUAAUGAGCAAAAAACUUUGGUUAGGUAACCUGGGAAUUGACAGUGAAGGACUUAGAAUGUUAGGCAAGGAGUUUGUCUUUUAUCCUACAGUUACAAACUUGUAACUUGAAGGCUGAAUUUGACCUAUAUAUGUGUUUUGUUUGGCCUGCAAGGUGGUUUUGGGGGUUUAUGUAAUUUUUAAAUAGAAUUGGUUGUCACUAUUUAAAAACCAGAUUCUACAUAGAAAUCUGUGCUUUCAGAUUUGUGAGUCUGUACUAUCCUGAACAAUCAGAAGACCUGGCCUAUAUUUCAUCAUAGCAGCAACCAAUUUGUGGGAACAGUGGCCAGAUACUCCUUUAGAUGGAACAUGUGCUCCAUGUGCAGUUUGCCACAGUCCCCAACACUUCCUGUUGUUUCAUUAACACCUUUACUCAUGUUUCCUGCCUGGCCCAGUAGGUAUUUAGGUAUUUAGGUAUUUGAGUUUGUAACUUCUAUUACAGACAAUGGGAAAUUGAUGAAAGUUUUGAGAAGGAGAGUGAUGUGAUUUAUGUUUUCAUUAAUGUAUUCAACAGAUGUUGAUUAAACAUACAUGCUUUGUUGUAUAGUGUUCAAAGAUGAAUGAAUCCCUGCCAAGAUGUGGGUUAUAGUCUAGUGGGAAAAUGAUGAAAAUAGCAUUUUAGGAAGACUGUGGUGUAUGGAUUUGAGAUUAGAGACAUUGGUAAUUGGAAGACCAGUUAAGAGGCUAUACUAGUCCAAGUCUGAAGUGACAAAGGCCAGAAUUUAGAUAUCAGCAGGGGAUUUAGGAGGAAAAAAAGAGAAAUAGAUGAAAAAGAUACUGCAAAGGAAAAGGACUAUUUAUCUUUUAUAAAGGACUGUUAUCACCAGUCCUCCAUAACAAAUUGGAAUAUAGCAGGCAUGACAGAGAAGAAUUCAAAGAUGAAGAUUUUUGAGUUGUGAAUUAGGAAAUUUGUGGUGCCACUAACAAACAGGAAAUUAGAGAAUCCAUUUAAACUCUCUGUGUGUUUGGGGCAGGGGUGGCAAAGAAGGGACAUUUGGAGGUGCCAGUUUGAAAUGUCUCUUGUUUUGAGUUCAGUGUAUUGGCAUACACACAAAAUACAAUAUAAAUACUUUUAAAAGGAAAACUUAAUAGAAAUGUUGUCAAGAUUGCAUGCUUAGGGCUAGAUACCACUCAUUCCAUCCUAGGAUUCCCAGGGAAUACCUGGGAAGGUGUUUUAAGUUGUCAUCAACAAAACGUAAAGACCUUUCUUGAAAAUGUUCAUUUUGGAGGCUCUAUAGUUAGAAUUUAUAACAUUGUUCAAAUCUUUUCUUCAGUAUGUAAUUUUCAAAUUUAUAUUGCAUAGGUUAAGUUUAACUUUCUUUUUCUGGGAGGAUGGAAGAUACUAAACUCAAAUGCUUACAGACAUUUUAUGAGUAUUAAUAUUACCUUUGGGAAUGUAACUGGCUGUGUGCUCAUGAGGUAGCCCAGGGAGGCAGUGUUGUCAUCACUGUUGCUCUGCUGAAACAGUAGCUAAAGUUUUUCAUCUUAUGAUCUUAUAUUUGAAGCAGUGAGUUUCCUCUGUUUAAAAAGAAUUUUUUUUUUUGCUGUGGUAAAAUAAAUAAAUUACCAUUUUAACCAGUCUAAGUGUAUAAUUCAUUAGUAUUAAUUACAUUCACAGCAGUGAAUACUAUCACUACCACAUAUUUUUAAAAACUUUUCAUCAUCCUAAACAGGAAUUCUGGAUCUGUUAAGCAGUUAAGCAGUAAACUCCCCUUCUCCCUUCCCAAACCCUGGUAACUUCUCUGUUUUAUGUCUCUAUGAAUUUACCUAUUCUAUAUAUUUCAGAGAAGUAGAAUCAUAUAUUUGUCGUUUUGUGUCUGGCUUCUUUCACUUAAUAACGUUCUCAAGGUUCAUCCAUGUUGUAGCAUGAGUCUUAAUUUCAUUCCUUUAUGUAGCUAAAUAAUAUUCCUUUGUAUAUACAAUGUGUAUCAUAUUUUGUUUAUGUAUCUGUUGAUGGACACUUGGGUUGUUUCCUCCUCUGGCUAUUGUUUGUACUGCUGCAGCAAACACUGCAUAGAAAUAUCUGUUCAGUCCCUCUUUUCAGUGCUUACGGAUAUGUUCCUAGGUCUAGAAUUGGCUUGGUCCCUUUUAACUAUGUACUCAUACAUAUAAUAGUAAGCAGCCACUCUUGAUGACACUCUAGAACACGCAGCUAGUAUUUCAGUUCUUUACAGCUAAGGGAAAAAACCUCACAAAGUGCAUAAACUAGAUCUUACGCACUUUUAUGAAUCAGCUCCUUAGUCACUGCCUUCCCAUAUAUUUACAUACAUUUACACAGAAAUAUACACUAGUUUUUAGAAGGAGUGUAACUUGCCUCCUUUUGCUGUUGCUGAUUUUAUAAAUGAAUGAUUUUAUGAGUAGCUGUGGUUGUAGUUAGAGAAUAAAAUCUGGAAGAGGAGAAAGAGCCCAAUUCAGGAUAUGAGCUUGGUGAUCUGGUUUCCGAAGCCUGAACAGAUUGUUCUCAUGAUUAUCCAUAUCCAUCUCCUACAGGUUGAAAAAAUGACAUGUUAGUUGAAGGAAAUAAAGGGGAAAGCCCAGAAGGAAAAGAAAAAAUUGUUAUUUUUUUAGACUGAUCUGCAUGACCAACCUGUUUGCUGUAGAAGAAUAAUCAGACAAAGGGAGAGGUUUAACAUGCAUAAACAAAAAGGCCAGUUGGUCUAAUCUUGUAUGUCUUUGUCCUAUAAGACACUGCAGGUGUUGUGAGCAGCACUUCUUCAACAAAAGCCUAGACUUACCACAUCUUGGGAAGAGAAUGGCCAGUGUCUUGGGGGCAGCCUUUUUCAUGCUGGUGGUGUCCUGUGUUUGCAGCACUGUCUUCCACAGAGAACAGCAGACUUGGUUUGAGGGUGUCUUCCUGUCUUCCAUGUGCCCCGCCAAUGUCAGUGCCAGCACUUUGUAUGGAAUUAUGUUUGAUGCAGGGAGCACUGGAACUCGAAUUCAUGUUUACACCUUUGUGCAGAAAAUAUCAGGACAGCUUCCAAUUCUGGAAGGGGAAAUUUUUGAAUCUGUGAAGCCAGGACUUUCUGCUUUUGUAGAUCAACCUAAGCAGGGUGCUGAGACUGUUCAAGGACUCUUAGAAGUGGCCAAAGACUCAAUCCCCCAAAGUCACUGGAAAAGGACCCCAGUAGUCCUGAAGGCAACAGCAGGACUGCGCUUACUGCCAGAACAGAAAGCUCAGGCUCUGCUCCUUGAGGUAGGAGAGAUUUUCAAGAAGUCACCUUUCCUGGUACCAAACAACAGUGUGAGCAUCAUGGACGGAUCCUAUGAAGGCAUAUUAGCUUGGGUUACUGUGAAUUUUCUGACAGGUCAGCUGCAUGGCCACAGCCAGGAGACUGUGGGAAUCCUGGACCUGGGGGGGGCCUCCACCCAAGUCACAUUCUUGCCCCGGUUUGAGAAAACCCUGGAACAAACCCCUAGGGGCUACCUCACCUCCUUUGAGAUGUUUAACAGCACUUACAAGCUCUAUACACAUAGUUACUUGGGAUUUGGAUUGAAAGCUGCAAGACUAGCAACCCUGGGAGCCCUGGAAACAGAAGGUAUUGAGGGACACACUUUCCGAAGUGCCUGUCUACCGAGGUGGUUGGAAGCAGAAUGGAUCUUUGGGGGCGUGAAGUACCAGUAUGGUGGCAAUCUAGAAGGAGAGAUGGGCUUUGAGCCCUGCUACACUGAAGUACAGAAGGUGGUCCAAGGAAAACUUCACCAGCCAGAUGAGGUCCAGAGAAGCUCCUUCUAUGCUUUCUCUUACUAUUAUGAUAGAGCUGUUGACACAGAUAUGAUUGAUUAUGAAAAGGGGGGUGUUUUAAAAGUUGAAGAUUUUGAAAGAAAAGCCAGGGAAGUGUGUGAUAACUUGGAAAAAUUCUCCUCAGGCAGUCCUUUCCUGUGCAUGGAUCUCAGUUACAUCACAGCCUUGUUGAAGGACGGCUUUGGUUUUGCAGACAGUACUGUCUUACAGCUCACAAAGAAAGUGAACAACAUAGAGACAGGCUGGGCCUUGGGGGCUACCUUUCACCUGCUGCAGUCUCUGGGCAUCUCUCACUGAGGUCCAACCAUUCUCCUGAGGCCUAUAUUCACCAGCAGUCUACUUAAAGGUAGAGGGAGGACUCAAGUCAUGUUCUGAGCUAGUCUGGGGUCAGCCUGAACUGAAGCCCAGCAACUGACGUCAUCAGGAGGAAGGGGCUUUUGUGACAGGUCUUUCCCCUUGAAUCUUGAGAUUUGGAUUUAAUUAAUUUUACAGAUAUAAUGUGAACUGUUACCUAACCAUUCUGGUUACACAGCUGGCACCAGAGUCUAAAUUUUUGUGAUUCCUUGUGUGUCACAGAGAGCCAAAAGGAAUAGCUUUAGAACUUAACCUUGGGUAGCCCGGGGACAGGUCCCUGGGAACCAAAGAAAUAUCUCAUUUCAACCUUUUGAGUGCCUCAUUCCUUUGAACAUACUAAUUUUCAUCUUACAUAGUAAACUGAUUGCAAUCCCAUAACAUAAAACACGUUUUUUUCCCCUCUCUACACAUUGCCCUGUCUGGUCCUUAUCUCUAACCAUUUCCCCUACAAAAGAGAGAAAAAAUACUGGCUUUGCUUUUUAUGUGUAAUUCAAGGGGGAAAAAGAAGGUAACCAUAUCUGAAAGUGUGUGGUCCUGCUUUGUGCCAGCUCCAAUGAGCCAGCUGAGAGCCAUCCUAAAUCUUAGCAGGAUGGAAACUAACUCCUAACCAUAUAGAUCCCAGCCGUAAGAAAGGAGGCCAUUCAGUCUCUGGGGACAAGUUUUGGGAGGGUGUGGCUGCUUUGUAUAGAAUACCUUUUAAUCAACAAUUUAUCAGUCAAUGCUGGGAUUAGGAAUGUGUGUGUAUCCCAUGUCAGUAUCUACCACUGGGCUAAUGUGUUUGUAGUCAUUUGUCAUCCUAAACUUGUUUUCUUUAUUAUUUCUAAGAAAGACAUCUAUACCCUAGCUUUUGGUCUGUGGUGAGAGUCUUGUGGCUGUGCUAUUCAAGGAUCUAGGUUUUGGCCACAUCCCCUUUCAGUUUGCCCUUUUAUUCUCUGCAUUUUUAGCAUUUCUUCCUGACCUCGCCCCAGUCGUUUUAGCUAACAUCCUGUAACUUAUUUGUCAAGUCCCAGGGUUUCUGAUACCUUUCUCAAUAAUACCUAACAUUUGAUAUGGUGAGUCAUUUUGGCCCACAUCGGUACAGUGCAUUCUCAUUUUGAGUUUUGAGUGCUCAAAACUCUUGAUUUUGUGCAUUACUUUCCCCAAAACUUCUUAUCUUGUACGUUUGCACAGAGCUACCAUCUGCUGCUUGUCUACCACUCUUACUUUUGGACUUGAAAUAGCUUCGUUUGCCUUCACCCUUUACCUCCAGCUUCUUUCCAGCAGAGUUUCUAUCUCCUCAACUUACAGCUUUCACAGUAGACCCUUUCAGCUCUCUCACAAAAGAUAAGUAUACCUGGCCUUCACACCUGUUCUGGGGAACCUUAAUUUUUAAAGUUAUUUCCUUAAGUCAUUAUUUAACAUCUGAUAUGUACAUGUAGCUAGGCAAACUUCUGUAUCCUCAUCCCACAAAUCUGAGUUGUUUUCUUUAAAAAUAGUGUGGGAUUUCUUCAGAUUCUUCACAGUGGCCUUUAUUAUACUGAAGUCAACUUUAUACCUAUUGUCAUCCUUAAAAAAUGCUAAUACAUAGUAAAAUAAUAGAAUCUAAAUUUAGAGUUGUAAACAGUAUUCCCUUAACAUUUCUAACUGGUUAUCAUUCAGCUUCUGUUUAGGCAUGUUCUCAGACAGCUCAUUCCAUUUUUGAACUGCACUGAUGUUUUUAAAAAAACCCUCCUCAUAUUGGGCUGAAAUCUACCUAUCUUCUCACUGGUCUUAGUUCUGCUUUAAUCCCUUCUUCCAUGGCCUUUCAUCUUUUUAAGAAAACUUCUAAGUCCUUUGUGGUCUCUUUAACAAUCGACAUAGCUUCUAGACCCCUCACCAUCUUUGUCAAAAAAGGGUGCUAGAACCAGUCAUCCCACACUAAGUGUUGUUCACUGUGAUUAGGGAAAGACCAUUUCCUCUAGUAGAAACCAAGUUGUUUUCCUGAGGGGUAAGCUGCGUUCACUAGACUCCUCCAACUUAUCCCCAACAGGUGAGAUUCCCUGGUCUUUAUCACCACGGCGUAUCUGAAGCUUUUAUAAAUGAGGGCCGCAUAUUCAGCAGAUGCCUUCAGUCAUCCCAAAUACCUUCAGAACUCUUGGAUAAUGCAUUGUAAUUCUAGAAAUGUAUCUACAUAUAUUCUGAUAAUCUUGACUGGAAAAUCUGAAGAAUUAACCAAUUUAUCCAUUUCAAGGGAAAUUUGAAAUGAGAACUUUUCUUAAAAAAAAAGGUUUGUCUAUAAUGUGCUUUUUGCCCCUUAAUGUACCUUUCAGGGCCCUACAGAAUCUAAAACUGCUGGUUAGCUUUUCUUUCUGUAAAUGUUUAUAUAUUUCAAGUAUUUAGGACAUGAUCUGGCACAUGGUACAUGUGUGUUGUCAUCUUCAGCAUCAUAUGAAAACAGCCUUUGUGGGAUUAUGGAGGUCUUUGCAGGGUAUGCCUUAAAAUUCUUCCUGUCUUGCCUGAUUUGGUUUGCAUACUUUUGGAGAAUUCAUGUUCUUACCUAGGCUACCUUUCCAUUUUUUGUGAAAGGUGAUCUUUUUUCCCUACAGACCUUUCUGGACUUUGCCAAUAGUCACAUAGCUUUUCACAGUAGGUGCCAUAUUCUGAGCACAUUUUCCAAGAUUUCAGAAAGGUUUGUGACUGUCACUAUUUAACUCAUAUCUUACAAAUUUUCCACAUUUGCCUGAAAGCUCCCUUGUGUUAACUGUUGUUCCCUUCAAAAAUUAUUCCCAACAAUUGCUCAGUGUAUUUCAAAAGCUGACCAUUUUUUCUCACUUCAUGUUCAAAUCAGACUGUUGUGCAAGAUGUUCUUUACAAUAUACAAAUCUAAUGGAUCCAAAAAUCUCUUCAAGAGGCAUCUCUGGUACUGUGAAGUAAACUCUUCAAACACUCAUAGCAAGUCCCACCCCACCCAGAGUCGGCCACCAUUCUGCAACCAAACAUGAACAGAUUCUGCUGCUAACCAGAUUUUCCCUUUUGACCUGGUUCCUGAGGUCUUCAAACUUGUGCAAUGAAAUUAUUUAUUGUUUUAUUACUGAACAGACAGUGGUGCCCCAGAGAGGAACCAUAAGUAAAACUGAAAUCUGGUGCUGUGAGAAGGAAAUAAUAAACAGUAAGAUUUUUUUUUUCAGGAAGUCCACUGCAACUGUAACAGAGGUUAAUUUAUGUUUAAUGUUCACUGAAAUGUUAAUAAUUUUAAAACAUCAAUUCAAUUGUAUAAACUUAUGGCCACCAUUAAAAAUAUUAUAUAAAUCUUCA